AUGACUUCCAUAUCGAAAUCAUCGACAACAAGUGAUUUUUAUUGUGCAUGUCGUAAUGGAUUAAUAGAUAAAGUUCGUGAACAAUUACCAAAUAUGACUUUAGAAGAAAUUGAUCGAAUUGAAGGAAAUGGCUCUACAGCUCUUCAUGCUGCAUGUUACUAUGGUCAUACAGAAAUAGUUAAAUUAUUAUUAGACAAAGGUGCUAGUCUUUCAAUAAAGAACGCAUAUAAAUGUUUACCUUGUGAUGAAGCACGAGAAGAUGAAAUUAAAAGAUUAUUUAUACGUCAAUCAGCAACUCGAUUUUCUAAUGAUGGAUCUGUUUAUAUUGAUUGGAUAAAAUGUAAUGCUGAAACUGAAUCUCUUGCAAGUGAUUAUCGAUUUCGUCAUUUUGGAUUUGAAUGGAAUAAUAACAAUAUUAAUCAUCGUUUAAAAUAUAUUAAAGAUGAAAUUUCUAAUACAGAAAACGAUCGUAUUAAGACAUUUAUAAAGCAAGCAGAAAAAGAUUCUCAUUAUCUGCUUAAAGCUUAUACAGGGUGCUGCAAAACCUUUACGCCCCCCAGGUUCGACCUUAAAGUAAAAUGAUUGCACUAAGUAUUUUAUACCAAAUUGAAGCCCGUAAAAAACUACAUUUAUGAGUACUAAAUAGUAAAGGUUAUGAAGACCUUUUAAUGUCGAACUUUCGAGA